AUGCCUUGGAAGCAGCAGGCUGACUGCAUCCUUCUCAUCACAUUCCUGGGUGUGUCUGGGCUGGCUGGUGCAGUUACCAGAACAUACCACAUUGGGAUUGUGGAAGAAUACUGGGACUAUGUACCCCAAGGGAAGAACAUUAUUACUGGGAAAAGUUUCACAGAAGACAAACUUGCAACUUUAUUUCUCGAGAGAGGGCCAAACAGGAUAGGUGGUCUUUACAAAAAGGCUGUUUACAGACACUACACAGAUGAGACCUAUGCCACAGAGAUCCCCAAACCGCCCUGGCUUGGAUUCCUGGGCCCCAUCUUGAGGGCUGAAGUGGGCGAUGUGAUUGUCAUCCAUUUAAAGAACUUUGCUUCCCGACCUUAUUCUUUGCAUCCACACGGUGUUUUCUACAACAAAGAUUCAGAAGGAGCCCUGUACCCAGAUGGAACAUCUGGGAAGAACAAGGAUGAUGAUAUGGUUCCUCCUGGCAAAAACUACACCUAUGUCUGGCCAGUGAGAGAAGAAUAUGCCCCUACUCCAGCUGACGCCAACUGCCUGACCUGGGUGUACCAUUCACACAUCGAUGCCCCUAAGGACAUCUGCUCUGGGCUAAUUGGCCCACUGCUGGUGUGCAAGAAAGGUGUCCUGAAUAAAUAUUCAGGGACAAGGGCUGAUGUGGACCGAGAGUUCAUUAUAAUGUUUACUCUGGUGGAUGAGAAUCAAAGCUGGUACCUUGAUGAAAAUAUCAGACAUUUCUGCACUGACCCUGAUUCAGUUGACAAAGAAGAUGCUGCUUUUCAGAGGAGUAACAAAAUGCAUGCCCUCAAUGGAUACCUCUUUGGAAAUUUCCCUGAGCCUGAUAUGUGUGUUGGUGAAUCCGUGUCCUGGCACCUGUUUGGGAUGGGGAAUGAGAUAGACAUCCAUUCCAUCUAUUUUUAUGGUAACACCUUCAUCAGCCGAGGGCAUCGGACUGAUGUUGUCAACCUGUUCCCAGCCACCUUCCUGACAACAGAAAUGAUAGUUGAGAAUCCUGGGAAGUGGAUGAUAACCUGCCAAGUCAGUGAUCACCUACAAGCUGGUAUGCUGGGGCAGUACAAUGUUGGUAACUGCAAAAACAGUAUUUCUCAUCCCACGAUGAAGGGUCAACAGAGGCGCUACUUUAUAGCAGCUGAAAAAAUUCUUUGGGAUUACGCUCCUCAAGGCUACAACAAAUUCAAUGGUCUUCCCCUAAAUGUCUCUGGCAGUGACUCCGAGCUCUACUUCACACAAGGGAACAACAGAAUAGGAGGAAAAUACUGGAAAGCUCAGUAUAUAGAGUAUGUUGAUGAAACCUUUACUCAAAGAAAGAAACUCUCUGAGGCAGAAGCCCACCUUGGAAUUCUUGGCCCAGUCAUCAGGGCAGAGGUGGGAGAUACUCUGUUAGUGACCUUUGCCAACAAAGCUGAUAAGGUCUACAGUAUUUUGCCCCAUGGUGUUGUCUAUGACAAGGCUUCUGAUGCAGCCCCAAACAUAGAUGGAUUUGUGAAACCAGGGGCACAUGUUAAGCCAGGUGAAACCUUCACAUACAGAUGGACGGUGCCUGGAAGUGUAAGCCCAACAGCUGGUGAUCCUCCCUGUCUGACCUAUCUUUACUUCUCAGCAGUUGAGCCAAUCAAGGACACCAGCUCUGGCCUUGUAGGGCCUUUGCUAGUCUGUAAGAAAGGUGUCCUCAAUGCUGAUGGGACACAGAAAGGAAUAGACAAGGAAUUUUACCUACUAUUCACAGUCUUUGAUGAGAACCUGAGUCGGUAUCUUGAUGAAAACAUUAAGUUUACCCUGCAUCCCUUCAGUGUUGACAAAGAAGACAAAGAGUUUGUGAAGUCCAACCGGAUGCAUGCUAUUAAUGGUUAUAUGUAUGGCAACCAGCCAGGCCUAAACAUGUGCAAAAAGGACAGAGUUUCCUGGCAUAUGAUUGGAAUGGGCACUGACACCGACAUGCAUGGAGUUUAUUUUCAAGGCAACACCAUCCACCUACGAGGGACUCACCGUGACACCCUGGCCCUGUUUCCCCACCUCUCUACCACAGUGUUCAUGCAGCCGGACUAUGCAGGUAUUUUCAGGGUGUUUUGUUCCACCAUGCACCACUUCACCAGAGGCAUGAAUCAGAUGUAUGAGGUCAACAGCUGUGGCCACAGGGACCCUUCAGAGCAGCCCUAUGGGAUGAUAAGAACCUUUUACAUCGCCGCUGAAGAGGUAGAAUGGGAUUAUGCCCCUAACAAAAACUGGGAGUUCGAAAAGCAGCCCUUGGACGCAAGAGGGGAAAGACAUGGAGAUAUAUUUAUGAACCACACUGAAAACUGGAUUGGCUCUCAGUACAAGAAGGUGGUUUACAGGGAAUACACCAAUGGAGAAUUUGUGGAGAUCAAAGCCCGACCACCACAAGAGCAGCACUUGGAACUGCUGGGCCCAAUGAUGCAUGCUGAGGUGGGUGACUCUCUCCUGAUCAUAUUUAAGAACAAAGCCAAUCGGCCCUACUCCAUCUCAGCGCAUGGUGUGGAGGAUGCAGAGAGGGGGAAGCGACUCCAAGUUCCCAUGACAAAGCCAGGAGAAAUAAAAACUUACAUAUGGAAUGUCCCUGAAAGGUCUGGUCCAGGGCCAUCUGACCCAAAUUGUAUUCCAUGGGUUUACUAUUCAACAGUAGACUUUGUGAAGGAUACAUACAGUGGUUUGAUGGGCCCUCUGAUUAUAUGCAGAGAAGGAGUGUUGAAUGAAAAAGGAAGAAGAAGUGAUGUUGAUUAUGAAUUUGCUCUCUUGUUUUUGGUAUUUAAUGAGAAUGAAUCUUGGUAUCUGGAUGACAAUAUUAAGAAGUAUCUCAAUAAAGAUCCACGAGAUUUUAAGCAUACGGAUGAUUUUGAGGAGAGCAACAGAAUGCAUGCUAUUAAUGGAAAGAUUUUUGGGAAUCUCCAUGGCCUCAUCAUGAAUGAAGAUACAAUGACAAACUGGUAUUUGCUAGGAAUAGGAAGUGAAGUGGAUAUACAUACCAUCCAUUAUCAUGCUGAGAGCUUUCUUUUCAAAAUAGAUAAAUCUUACCGAGAAGAUGUGUACGAUCUCUUUCCUGGGACCUUCCAAACUGUUGAACUAUUUGCAGAUCACCCAGGGACAUGGCUGUUACAUUGUCACGUAUCUGAUCACAUCCAUGCUGGCAUGGAAACCACCUACACAGUCCUUCAGAACACAGACAACAGGACUCCUUAUUCCACCAAGUCUCCUUCUGGAGGAGCAUCCCACCCAGCCACCAAGCCCUCCGAUGAAGAACAUGUCAAGGAGCAACUCUAUUUCUUUGGCAAGAACCUGGGUCCUAGAGGAGCUAAAGCAGCCUUGGUCAUCCUUUUCAUCAUGGGGCUCCUCCUCCUGAUCGUCACGGUGAUUCUGUCCCUCAGACUGCGCUCUGCAAGGAACCAGGUGGCAUACCGGGCAGUCCAGUCCUGUGCACUCCCCACGGAUGCCCUGUGAACUAGCUAGUCUUGCUCUGCAGGGAAACUGGACAAGGCAUUGUUCACCAAGGAAGGCUGACGCUGUAUCCUGGGUCAGGCUCUGAUCCUUAGGACACAGUCAAAGCAUUUGCUUUUACUUACUU